CCUUGUCUUGUGUCUCUCCGUGUGUGUUUCCAUGGCAAACAACAGCUUCUGUCUUCAUUAAGAAAAAUAAAAAAUUAAAUAGAUGAACAUUUUCUACCAGUGUUCGGGCUUUUUCGCUCGGAGUCGGACUCCGAGCCCCUGUGUGUUUACGCGGCAGAUACAUCAGUCGGUUCUCUUGUUUUUUUGCGGUCUAAGAUUUUCGCGUCAUUACCAACAAGGAUAAAUUACAGUUUCCAGCAUCUGACAUGGACACCGCUAACCAAGUGAGAGAAAACGCUGAAGGAAUGACCAAAUAAAUCUGGCAUCCGUGGGGACAUUUCAGGUACUCAAAUUACCUUUGGGAUUUAUCCGUGUUUUGGAAUGGCUCUUUGCCAUUUUCGCUUUUGCGACAUGUGGUGGCUACUCGGGGCAGCUGAGGGUCAGCGUGGACUGCAUGGAGAAGGCCAGCAGCAACCUGAGCAUUGGCAUUGACUUUGGUUAUCCUUUCAGGUUACACCAGGUGGCAUUUGAAGCACCCAUGUGUGAGGCCAUGAGGAGGGAGAGGGUGUUCCUCUCCGGAGAUUAUUCUUCCUCUGCUGAGUUCUUCGUCACCAUUGCGGUUUUCUCCUUCCUUUAUUCUCUCGUGGCCACUGUUGUCUAUAUUUUCUAUCUGAAUAAGUACCGCGAAAACAGUCAAAGACCGCUCAUUGACUUUGUGGUGACAGUAGUGUUUUCCUUCAUGUGGCUGGUCAGCUCCUCUGCUUGGGCCAAGGCCCUGUCUGAUGUAAAGGUUGCCACUGAUCCAGAUGAGGUGCAGCUUCUCAUCCCAGCUUGCAAAGACCCAACUAACAAGUGCGGCUCUGUUCAUGGGCCUCAGUGGUCUGGGCUCAACACCUCGGUGGUGUUUGGAUUUCUUAACUUUGUUCUGUGGGCUGGAAACAUCUGGUUUGUCUUCAAGGAGACCAGCUGGCACAAGGGUGGCUCCAGGUUGGCAGGCAGUGUGCCUGACAAACAGGCCGGCACCUUUGACCAGCAGCCCUACAACCAGGGCAGCUUUGACCAUUCUGGGAGCUACAGCACCCAGGGAAGCUUCGACCAGCCAUCCGAGUACAGCCAGGUGGGAGGGCCCACCUCCUACUCCAAUCAGAUGUAGCCGUGCCUUGUCUUUCCUAGCGUGGCGCCGCUGUAUCGUCAAACAAAGGCAAUCAGGAGCUAGGCAUGCUGUUAAAAAGAAAGGUGGUAUUAAAGAGUCAGAGUGCACCUGUUGUAGAUAAAAUUCUAGUUGGGUAUUGUAAAACAAAUAAUAGAUGUAGUCCUUCACCCCUUCUCUUUCGCACCUUGUGUUAGCUGGACGUAAUUCUUUUAGUAGUUUAAAAGACAUUAGUGACUGUUUCUCCGUGCUCGAUUAUCCACAUACUCUGUUUUGACUGGCUGUCUCUGUUCUAGUAGUUUGCACUCUGUGUUGGAGGAAAAAGUGAAGUGCUCUUUGUAAAAGUUUUUAAGUGCAUGAUGUUGUGUGCUAGUAAGGUCUCUGUGAAACCAGGAAAAAAAGAUAAAACAUGCAUUUUAAGUGUAAAAGUUUACAAAACUUCCUCUGCUCUGACACAUCACUGAUAACUAAUCAGGUAUUCUGUCGUGUUUUUACCGAAACAAGAAAUAUAUUUUGAUAACAGGUGUUUCUAAUUCUAAUAGGAUUCAUAAUUUAGGCUCACUUCUGUUAUUUUAUCUGGAUUUUUCUUUAAAGGUGCAACUGUUUGACUCUUGGUCUGAUAAAGUUGCUAAGUCCAAAAACAAAAACCCACAUCAAAAGCAUUCUGCAAAUUCCAUCACAAAGAAUAAGAGUUUGUGCAAGAAACCUGAAAUAUAUAUGCAACUUCUGCACUGUGCUUUCUUCCAGUGGUUUUCUUUUCUCCUGCACAGAUGCUACAAUGCAAUUUUGUUUUUAAUGUUUUAAUGUAAGACCUAUUUUUAAAAGAAGCCACACCUCAUACCAAAUUACUUCAAAGACUUCCCAUGCCUCCUUUAUACUAAAACACAUGUUCACACUAUUCAUAAACAAUGUUAAAGCCCUGCAAAAAGCACCUAAAUGCCAUAGUUAUGACAGAAAAGUAUGAAUAAGUGGGUUUAUCUGUACAUAGGUAACAUUUAAGUUGUGUACAAACAAAAUCUGUUCUGUUCAUGUGUUGUAAAGUCGUCACCAUUGAAUGGAAUGUUGGUUUCCUGUUUAUUUAAUAUAUUUCCAGCCCUGUGUUUUUACCCUCUUUGCAUGUGACUUGAACUGGUAUUGAAAAAUCAACUGAACACAGUCUGCCACUCAUAUCUAACGUGCACAAGCCCACGACUCACUAAUAAAGAUGCACAAAUGUG